CUCUGUGAAAGGAUGAGUCACUGCUUUGCGGAACUGGCAUCUCUUUUUGAUGGAAAAAAAAGAGAAGUGAGGCCUUGCUGUUUCUGCACUUUGUUUUUGUUCUUCGUGCAGACUUUGCUGUCAGCACUACAAUUCCAACCAACUUUUUUCACACGACAUGGCCGCUGAGGGCUUUGACGGUGGAGUGGUGGCGGCAUGCGUAAUCCUGGGCCUGUCGUUUCUGAUUGGGACCCCCGGGAACCUGCUGGUGAUCUGGACUAUCCUGCGUCAUGUUAAGCAGCGUUCACAUACGGUGGUGCUCAUACUGCAUCUGGCUGCCGCCGACCUGCUGGUGCUCAUCACUUUGCCCUUGUGGAUCUACUCCUUGGCCAACUCCUGGGUUUUCGGCGAAGCCUCCUGCAAAGCCAUGGGGUUUGUGAUCAAUGGCUGCAUGUAUUGCAGUGUUUUCCUCAUCACCCUGAUGAGCGUGGAGCGCUUUGUGGCCGUGUGCUAUCCCUUCGCUUCAGUAGGCUGGAAGAGAAAGAAAGCCCUAAGUAAAAUACUGCUUGUCCUGUGGAUUGCUGCCUUUUUAUUCAGCGUGCCCAUUCUCUUGACCCGUGUUGUUGAUAAGGAACCGGACUCUGGUGAGGAGCACUGUUUGUAUAACCAGUAUGACUCAAACACCCAGGAACUGGUGUGUUUGCUCCUGGAAACCCUGGUGGGCUAUGUGUUUCCAUUUUCUAUCCUGGUGGUGUGCUAUGGCUGCCUGUGCACCCGUAUCACUCAAAUGACCUUCAAGUCCAAACGCAAAUCUAUAAUCCUCAUCGCCAGUGUUGUGAUUGUGUUUGCCGUUUGCUGGACACCUUAUCACAUCGGAAACAUUCUUUCACUGGUUAUCCUCGCCAUGGAGACGUCUUUCCCGUAUUUUGGCGAUCAUCUGGAGGAGGUGCGCAUCGGGAUGACUUUUGUCAGCGGUGCCAUGGUCUUCAUCAGCAGCAGCGUGAACCCUGUCCUCUACAUGUUUGCCGCUCGGCCCUUCCGCAGCUCUUUGAGGGACACCGGCAUUCGGAAACUCUUCCAACACAUCUCCAGCACCUCUCCAGAGUAUGGCAACAGGGAGUUCUCAGUUGUGAGACAGAACAAUCAAACCAGCAGCUCUCGUUGUGAGUCAAAGGAGCAUGUGGAGGUUUGUGAAAAUAACUAGCAAAGUCAAAGGAUAUCAUCCAGUGGGUUUAGCCCCUAAAUGACAUCAGACCCACCUACACCUCCCCACUUCUGACCAGUGUUCUUUGCAGUAGAACACCCCACCACCACCACCACCACCACCACCCCGUGCUAUAGAGCAGGAGUGCGGCACAUUGAGCCUCCCGUAAGAGAACAUAAAAGGUCAAGGUCCACACUGAAGAUCUCUGACAUACUGAAAGUGUUUUCGCAGCAGCUCCCUAAAAGGAGCAGAGCGUUUACUAAUGUAAACAUAUCGCCCUAAUGUGACUGUACUACAACUAUACUUGUUCUCUGCAUGAUACAGUAUGGUGGGUACACCACUGAUAACUACAACCACAAUAAAAACAUUGUUAAAAUAAUAUAUCUUAAAUAACAUUUAAGGAUGGUGUAUGUAUGGUCGUGUACAAGAAAUGUGUAUAUAUUUUUAAGUUUAUUUGUGUAUCAGAAUAUGUUUCAAUUGACCAUAAUGCUUAUGUGUGAUAUACAUUAU